GAAUCGUUUCUACAAUCAUAAAUACGUUUCUUCUUAAAACAAAGUCUUAUAAAUCCCAUUCUAUAACAAUCAAAGUCUCCCAAACAAGAUUAUCUUUCAAAUCUCUUCUCCAGCUCCUCAAAACUCAAUCACUUCCAGUGGGGUACAUGGCCGGCUCAAGUUCCAUGGACCUGGUAGCCAUCGGAUGUCUCCCGAUGGCGCUAAAAACCGCCAUCGAACUCAAUGUGCUUGAGAUGCUAUCGAAAGCAGGACCUGAAUGCAAGCUCACACCUAGCCAAAUCGUCGCCAAACUCCCCACCAAGAAUCCCAAUGCGGCCGUGACACUCGACCGUAUACUCCGAUUACUAGCAAGCUACUCAAUUCUAAGUAGCACAAGUGAGACCAACGGCGAGAGGCUCUAUGGAUUGACACCCAUUUGCAAGUACCUACUCCCUGACCAAGAUGGGGUCUCUCUGGCACCGUUGAUCGUAAUGUGCCACGAUAAGGUCUUGAUGGAGAGCUAUUAUUACCUGAAAGACGCGGUCCUGGAAGGAUGUGUCCCAUUCAAUAAGGCAUAUGGGAUGAGUGCGUUCGAAUACUUCGGUAAGGAUGUUAGGUUUAGCAAGCUGUUUAAUGCAGGCAUGUUCAAUCAUUCGACGGCUGCAAUGAGGGAUGUCCUUGAUAACUAUAGAGGAUUUGAGGGAUUGGAAAAUAUCGUAGACGUUGGUGGGGGAAUUGGGGCGUCGUUGAUGAUGAUUAUUUCUAAGUACCCUGGUAUUAUGGGUACUAACUUCGAUUUGCCUUAUGUAAUUGCAGAUGCUCCUUCUUACCCAGGUGUGACGCAUGUUGGUGGAGAUAUGUUUGAUAAUGUUCCAAGUGGGGAUGCCAUAUUCAUGAAGUGGAUCUUGCAUGACUGGGAUGACGAACGUUGCAUCAAGCUACUGAAAAACUGUUGGAAGGCAUUGCCAGAUUCCGGAAAGGUCGUCAUUGUAGAGUUCAUCCUACCGUUAGAUGCCGCCACCGACACGAUCUCUCGCCGUAUUAUCAGUGCUGACCUUAUGAUGUUAGCCAUAAAUGAGGGUGGCAAGGAGAGAACCUUCAGAGAAUUCGAAGUACUGGCUAAAGAGUCGGGCUUUCCAGCCAUCAAAGCUUUCCCAUGCUCACAUGGGAUUUCAGUCAUAGAGUUUUAUAAGAAUCCUUAGGGAAAUGGAACACUUGAAAGAGAGAGUUGAAGAGUAUUACAAGUGUCCUUAAUUAAAAUAAUGUAAUAGUUUCUCCUUCUACUACAUGUUUGAAGUUUGAUUGUUUGGAUAAAAAUGUGGAGCAUAUGGCUCUCUUUGACCC